CCAAAUUUUUGUGCGUGUAAUACGAUUGUGUCCAUCGUACGAGCAUGGAAAAUAGAACCGAGAACGGGCACGGAAAUUCCGGGAAGGAAAUCCGCGUCUGGUGCGACGGAUGCUACGAUAUGGUCCACUUCGGUCAUGCGAAUUCUCUGCGUCAGGCGAAGGCCCUUGGUCAAAAACUAAUAGUUGGAAUACAUAACGAUGAAGACAUAACGAAAAACAAAGGCCCACCAGUAUUUACUCAGGAAGAACGAUACAAAAUGGUUCGUGGUAUAAAAUGGGUUGAUGAAGUCGUCGAGGAUGCACCCUACGUGACAACACUGGAAACUCUGGAUAAAUAUGACUGCGAUUUUUGCGUGCAUGGAGAUGAUAUCACCUUGACAGCUGAUGGAGUGGAUACCUACCAUCUGGUAAAAAAAGCGCUACGAUACAAGGAAGUAUCGAGGACGGCCGGCGUCUCUACGACGGAUCUUGUCGGAAGAAUGCUUCUUCUGACGAAAAACCAUUUCAAGCAAGGUGAUAAGGAAUAUGAGGUUGAGAAAGCUGAAGCUAUCGAUGAAUUGCUGGAGAGGUAUAAUAAAGAAAAAUUCGUAACCACAGGCUCGUCGCAGCUCGGCCAAGACCACACGGCCCGUAGCCCAUGGACUGGCUGCUCUCAGUUCCUGCCGACGACCCAAAAAAUCAUACAAUUCAGCGAUGGCAAGGCACCGAAGCCGACGGACAAGAUCGUGUACGUAGCCGGUGCAUUCGAUCUCUUCCACGUUGGGCAUCUCGACUUUUUGGAAAAAGCCAAAGAACAUGGCGACUACCUGAUUGUGGGGCUACACACGGAUCCAAUAGUCAAUCAGUACAAGGGAGGCAACUAUCCAAUCAUGAACCUGCACGAACGAGUGCUCAGUGUGCUGGCCUGCAAGUAUGUCAACGAGGUGGUUAUCGGUGCGCCCUACUCGGUGACGGCCGAUUUAAUGGAACACUUCAACGUGGGACUGGUAUGCCAUGGGCAGACUCAUAUAGCGCUGGAUGUCGGCAAUAUCGAUCCAUACGCGAUUCCCAAACAGAUGGGCAAGUUCGUGCUCAUCGAUUCAGGAAACACCAUUACAACGGAAGAUAUUGUAGAAAGAAUCAUCAGGCAUCGGCUGGAGUUUGAGCAGCGCAACAAAAAGAAAGAGAAGAAGGAGAUUGAGGUGUACGAGGCUAUGCAGAAAGUUAAGCUUGCUCAAAAAUCCGGUUGACCCGUAGAUGGUGACGAUGAAUAGGGAGUAUCUAGAGUUCAAAUUUCAAGUCUACAUUUAUUUUAAACACCAUCUCAGCGCGCCCUGUUCCGUGGGCGGCAAUAAGCAGUUUGUAUUGGUGACUUGUAGCGGAAAGUGAUUUCCACAGUCGCCUUGGUUUUACCUAUAUUUAAACGCCGAUAGUUAGGCAUCAUUCCUGUUAAUUUGUUUGAUUUUAGUUUAAUGAGAAGAUUGUACGAACGAGUCAGAGAUGAGAAAUGGCACACACACACACAGUUUUUGCCUCAAGCAGGCGCGUCAAAAUACUUAACAGCCUCGGUUUGAGUCGUUUUAUGUCAAUUUUAAUUCAGAUUCCGUUUGUUAUCGAACAAGAUUUCUGUUAGCUAUUUAUCGUUUUUAACAUGUAUGUAAACACACGUCGUUUGUUUUAUUUUCACUGUAGUAAACCUGUAAUACACUGCAUUGGCUAUAUGCGCUUUAGCACAAAGCACAAAUAGCACAAAAACUAGUGUGAAGUGCGAUGUGCCUAAUGCCGGGGAAUGGUGGAAAAGAAUCUCAGUUUUCGCCACUAGCGGCGUCAAUGUACAAGAAAAGUAAGCGUUUUAGUAGCAAAAACACGGGUUCGUUUUGUAGAAGAUGUUUUCUUUUUAACUGAAUUGAUUGUGUAAUGUCUUUUUCCUGUGUGUGGUGUAGUAUGUGUGAAGUUUGUAGCGAGAUAUAAGUCAGUGCAAUCAAUUAGCAGGACCCACUGGCUCGUGCUGCAAUCGUGCGAGGAUAGUAAAUUAUUGGUUGAUUAAAAUGUUUUUGUGUGUGCACUGAAGCGAGUGCAGUAAAAUAAUAAAGCUAAACCCUUGGCCAAAGGUUUUAUAGGGAACCGAUAAGAGCUGCAACGACUAUUUAAUGGAAAAAAAUACUUAUCAAGCCAAUUUUCCGCAAUUGUCCUACCAAUGAAAUUUUCCUUGCAAAUGCUGCAUCGUGAGCGCAAAGUGGCGUAACACUUUUUGCGGAUAGGAUGUGAAAUGCAUUGGAAGGUAUUUUGAAGUCGCUUUAAAUAAAUCAAAAUCAUAUUAUUGUAUAUACCGCUUCGUAAAUAGGUUGCACGCAUCAAGCGGCAAAUGAGAUCUCAUGAAUGAGAUUGUUUUUUGGAUGGUAGUGCUGUAAAAGGUGCGCCGAGAACUGAGACGAGACGAUGGAGCUUGGAUUUUUUGUUUAUGUUAAAUCCUUCAGCUUAAAACAAAACAGCAACUUAGCGCUCAGAAAUAAAAUCAAAUUGAAUUGUGCUAUCCAUACUUUUGAACACACUCCAGCGAAGCAAACCAAAUAU